AUGGCUGCCAUUAGAUUACAUAGAAGGGUUUUUAGGGAACGAAAGGAUUGUUUAGCAGCAUACAGUGAUGCUGAACUUGUUGAAAGAUUUAGAUUGGAUUCUGCUGGCAUUCUUUUUAUAGAAAGGUUAAUUGGACAUGAAAUUGUACGUAGUUCAAGGAGAAAUCAUGCUAUAUCCCCAGUGCAGAAAAUUUUGCUGACUCUCAGAUUCCUUGCCACCGGAAAAAUGCAGCUAUGCAAUGGAGACGAUUUGGGAAUUUCACAGCCUACUGUGUCUAGGGCUAUUACUGCAACCAUUAAAAGUCUGUCUUCCCCCGGAAUUGUUGCACAAUUCAUUAAAUUUCCACUGGAUCAUGGGGCCAUACGUAAAAACCAAGAAGAUUUUUUCUCAAUUGCUGGAUUCCCAGGCGUUGUAGGGGCCAUCGACGGCACACACGUUCAGAUUAUUGCCCCACAUGAGUAUGAAAAUGAAUAUGUAAACAGACACCACUUUCAUAGCAUUAACACUCAGGUUGUUUUUGAUCCAAACUACAGAAUUAUUGAUGUUGUUCUUAAAUGGCCAGGGUCAACACACGAUUCUCGCAUCCUUAAUGAGAGUGGUAUCAAGGUGUUAUUUGAGCAUAAUCAUCUCCCUGUCCAUACUCACUUACUCGGAGACAGUGGUUACCCUUCCAAACGCUGGCUAUUAACUCCGUUUCUGCGACCAAAUCAGGGCUCCCAGACGAAUUACAACAGGUAA